AUGUUUGGUUACGACCCAGCAUCUUCGGGUAUAGACCUGAGCAACUUGUAUCAAUCUUGCAUGGAAGAAAACUUCAUGGGGAGUCAGUUCGACAUCCCUCCUAACCAUGACCUGCUAGAAAUGGUCCCUUUACCUGAGCUUCAAGUACCGCAGUAUCCCACCGGACACACUUCAGUUUAUGAACAAUCAUAUCACCCCUUAAAUCCUUCAUCACCCCUUGAUUUUGUAUCCCAGAGUUCUCCUUCCCUGGAUUCACCACAUUCUAGCGCAUCUUCUCCACAACAACAUACACCCACAAGUGUUCAAGCGACUCGCUCACAGCUGAUAAAGGAGGGUCUCAGAGUGACUAUCCAAACUAAAAGAAUGGCCCAAGGGAAAGGUCAGGUCCAGCCAGAAUACAGGGAUCCACCUCAAGAAAGAAUAACGCCAGAAGAUGAAGAAAGAAGGAGGCGACGACGGGAAAGAAACAAGGUCGCUGCCACGAAGUGUCGAUACAAAAAAAAAGAACGAACUCAGUGGUUGGCCAUUGAAUCGGACCAUCUAGAAACUGAUAACUCUGCUCUUAGAAGGGAAAUUCAGGAACUUGAAGAACAAAAGCGACAUCUAACGGAGAUUUUACACGGUCAUCAUUGCUCUGCUCCUCAGAGAUCAUACGUACAGUUGCAGGUUGGAUACCCUCAACAUCACCAAUAA